ACACUGUGCAGAUAGAUAUCCCCGCGCUCGUGUCCACCUCCGGUGCUGAACAGAAGCUAAUCGGCUUUGGUUUAGUUGCAAAAGAGAAACAUACUUUGUGCCUGUCCUGCACAGACAUAUUAAAGUAAUGGGUCUUGCAAAGGAAAUAAGCACUCAAUUUUCUCGAUCGCAUACUAAGGAUAGUUGGCCGUCAUAAAUGCACGCAGCGUCAAUGGAAGUCGAUGCAGUUUUAGGAGCUGGAGAAUGUUGAAAACCUGUCGUAACUCGAAUGGAUUUUUGAUUUAACAGGUCUUUGAAGAGUUAUAUAAUUUGUGUGCCUGUUAUCUUUAAAUGUCAGUCCUUUUCUUGUUAUUAUCGUUAACGGGGAACUGCCGAACUGAUAGGCUUUCUUACGCAUCUAGAACAAACCCUGCGCGCAGAGAGCACAGACUUGCAGAUAGUGUUGCGAACCGGGCGUCUGCCGUACCUGAUCGGUAUGGAUGUGUCCAAUCUUUGGGAAAUUGUGCAGCGAAAACGUGCCAUGGAAUAAUGUGGGAAUACAUCAGAAAUGGACCAAGAGAAUGUGAUUCACCCAUUUGUGGUUAGACGUCUGAUAUCAAAGGUCAAAAAGUGAACUGUUUCUCACAAGAGGAGAAGGAUUCCCCUCCCCACUAGUAGAGCAUCCCGAAGAAGUCAUCCAUCCAAGUCAUUCAUCUGUAGCUGUUAAGAACACUGCGAGGGCCCAUGUCAUGAUGAAGCAGGGGGUUCCACAGAGGCUGCUGAAGAAGAAGAAUGAGCUCCGGAAGAUUCUGAGGAAAUCUGUGUCUUUUUAAACGCGGUCUGUCAUUGGCUCCCCAUCCAUUAGUGGGAGGUGCUUAGGCAGUGAUUGACAGGCCUCAUCCUGUGUGGGAACCUAUGGCAGAGCAGCAGCACAAUACAGGUUCCUCUGUGUGACUCCACCAUGGGCCACGUGCUGUGGGCGCUGCUGGUCCUGGGAGUGGUGGUGACGACGGCUCAAGCCUGCCCCAAGUACUGCGUGUGCCAGAACCUGUCCGAGUCCCUGGGCACCCUGUGCCCGGCCAAAGGCCUGCUGUUCGUGCCGCCCGACAUCGACCGCCGCACCGUUGAGCUCCGCCUGGGCGGCAACUACAUCCUGCGUAUCACCCAGCAGGACUUUGCCAACAUGAGCGACUUGGUGGACCUGACGCUCUCACGUAACACCAUUGGCUACAUCCAGCCCUUCUCCUUCGGGGACCUGGAGACUCUGCGCUCGCUGCACAUGGACAACAACCGGCUGACCGAGCUGGGCCCGGAUGACCUGAGGGGACUGGUCAACCUACAGCACCUCAUCCUCAACAACAACCAGCUGGGCCGCAUCUCCGACAAGGCCUUCGAGGACCUGGCCCCUUCACUGGAGGAUCUUGACCUGUCCUACAAUAACCUGAGAGGGCUCCCCUGGGACACCAUCCGGCAGAUGGUCAACCUGCACCAGCUCAGCUUGGACCACAACCUUCUGGACUACAUCCCCGAGGGGACGUUCGUGGACCUGGAGCACCUGGCCCGUCUGGACCUGACGUCCAACCGUCUCCAGAAGCUCCCGCCGGACCCCAUCUUUGCGCGGGCGCAGGACCUGGCGCUGUCCACCACGCCGUUUGCGCCGCAGCUCUCCCUGAGCAUCGGCGGCAACCCGCUGCACUGCAACUGCGAGCUGCUGUGGACCCGGGCGGUUGAGCGCCGACGCAUUUACCUGAGACGCGGCGUCACUUCAGCCCUGGCGGGCGCCAUUUGGAACGUGCGCGAGGAGGAGUUCCAGUGCGAGCAGCCGCUCAUCACGCAGCACACGCACCGCAUGCUCGUCCUCGAGGGCCAGACGGCCAGCCUGCGCUGCGAGGCGGUCGGCGACCCCACGCCCACCAUCCACUGGAUCGCGCCGGACGAGCGUCUCCUCGGCAACUCGUCCCGCACUGUCCUUUACGCCAACGGCACGCUGGACAUCACCAUCACCACCUCCAAGGACUAUGGCACGUUCACCUGCAUCGCCGCCAACGUGGCCGGCGAGUCCACCGCCACCGUCGAGCUGUCCAUCAUCCAGCUGCCGCACAUCAGCAACGGCACGGGACCGGCUGUCCAGCCCAAGUCCAGGCUCUCGGACAUCACAGGCACGACCAGGACCAGCAAAGGCGCGACCGGCUCCAGCCCGAAAGCGAAAGCCGCGGUCCAUCUCGACGGACUGUCACCGGUCCGCUGGUCGGUCAGCAAAGCCACUCCCAAGGUGAAGAUGUACCAGCUCCAGUACAACUGCUCCGAUGAUGAAGUCCUCAUCUACAGGAUGAUACCCGCCUCCAGCAAGGCCUUCCAUGUCACCAACCUGGUGUCGGGCACCAAGUACGACCUGUGCGUGCUGGCAGCCUGGGACGACACGGCCACCACGCUGACUGCCACCAACGUGGUGGGCUGCGUCCAGUUCUUCACGCGCGACGACUACCCCCAGUGCCAGUCGUUGCACAGCCAGCUGCUGGGCGGCACCAUGAUCCUGGUGGUGGGCGGCGUGAUCGUGGCCACACUCCUCGUCUUCAUCGUCAUCCUCAUGGUGCGCUACAAGGUGGGCGACAACGGCGAGCCACCGGCCAGCAAACUGACCAACGUGAGCGACACUUACUCGCAGACCAACGGCGGGCGGCUGGGCCAGAACGGCAUGCCCAUGCCGCCGCUGCGGCCCUCGUCGUCGGUGUCAGUGGGCUCGGCAGGGUCGGCGAUGGCCAAGCCCAAGGUGACCAUGCGCGACGAGGUGGUGGAGUUCAAGUGCGGCUCGCUCCAGAGCAGCCUCACCUCCUCGGACUCGUCGGACUCUGACUCGCUGGACGGGGACGGCGGAGGUGGGCGGAGAGGGGCAGGAGGAGGAAGAGAUGGCUCCUAUAGUCCCAACUCCGCACUGGCCAGUAUCUGGCGGUCAGCAACCCCCAAGCCCCGCACCAACCUGGACCAGCUCCUGGGCGCCUUCAACUCGCUGGACCUGCGGAGCCAAGCGGGCGGGCCCUCGGGCGGCUCGGAGAGCGGGCUGGGCCGGGGGCUGAGCGGCGUUGGCGGGGCAGGGCGCGCCGGCGGCCCGUCCACGUCCUCCUCGUCGGCCGCUGCGCCGCCGACCGACAAGGAGCCGCUGCUGGGCCGGACUCUGGACUCGCGGCUGAGCCGGCUGCUCAUGCUGCCGCUGGACGCGCGGCCAAAGCGCAGCCACUCCUUCGACAUGGGCGACUUUGCGGCCUCCACCGGUCAGCAGCUGUGCAGCUACCCGCGCCGCAUCAGCAGCAUCUGGACUAAGCGGAGCCUGUCCGUCAACGGCAUGCUGCUCCAGUGUGACGAGGAGCUGGACACGGGCGGCAGCAAGGGCACCAUAGACAGCGGCUCCGACUGGGUCAUGGAGAGUACUGUGUAAAGACAGAGAGAUAUAUAAAAAAACGACAGAGAGAAGACAAAUAGAAACAGAGAGAGAGAGAGGGAGGGAGAGAGAGAGAGGGAGAGAAAGAGGGAGAGGGAGAGUGAAUGAGAGACAAUCUUGAGAUUAUAUGUAAGUAAAUAUAGAGUAUAUGGAUACACUAAAGAUAUAUGGAUUAAGCGAAAGCAAUGCAGUUGGACCCAAGGAACACUGGGAACACUGGGAUGUGGUGUUUCUGCGUGUGUGUCUCUCUCACACUCACCUGGUUCUGCAUGAAGCUCAUCUGUGUUCAGUAUUGGUUAUGUUUUGUUUCUCCAGUGUUGUGACAAAAACAAACAAACAAACAAACAAACAAAAAAAUGACAUUCAUGAUACGCCUUUACAGUUUCGGGACUGAACGUUUGAAGGAUCAGGUUGGUAGGAGAGUGGAUUUCCUAUGUGUGCCAGCUGUGUGUUUUUAAUGUGUAUAAGUGAAUAAUCUGCUUAUGACUAUAUGAGUGUGUGUGUGUGUGUGUGUGUGUGCGUGUGUGUGUGUGUGUGUGUGUGUGUGUUUGUGUGUCUGUGUGUGUGCGUGUGUACAGUAUGUGUAUGUGUGUGACUGUGUGUGUGUGUGUGUGUGUGUGUGAGAGAGAGAGAGAGAGAGAGAGAGAGAAAGAGAGAGUGUUCAUAUGUUUGUACAUGCAUGGGAAAAAGACUCAACCUGAAUAUUGGAUAAAAAUCGGAGUAGUUCGCCAUGCCAAUAACAUCAAAGACUCUGAUCAGGAGACAAAGACUUGCUUAAGAAUUAUAUUAAAAAAAAAAAAGUUUAAAUACAUGUAAUGAAUUUAAAAAAGUUUUAUAUUUUUAUGUUGUUGGACAAACACACAAAAUCUACGACUGCUCACUCCUUGCUCAUGAACUGGAGCAGACUGCAGGAACUUGGAGAUGACAGCUUUUCCUGGCCCUCUCAACUCACCACCCUCUGUUAUGCUCUGACCAGGUCUCUUUUUUUACUCGUGUCAACAUCAUCUUCUUCCUAACCCAAACUGACAGAAUGUGAAAUUUGUUUAAUUGAUUUGUGGAAGAUGUUUUCAGACCUUUUUGUCAACGACCCGAAAAAAAAAAAAAAAAAAAAAACAUCCAAAUCAGCAGUUUAAGCAAUGCAAAUCAUUACAUCUGAAGGUUGUUCUUGUUUUGUUUUCUUGUUGUGUAUUCCUGAUGUACAAACCAAACAACAAAAAAGUAAGAUUUAAUCAGAAGAUUAAUUUAUCAUCAUUAAGGUGGGCUUAUUUGGUGGACUCUGGCUGUCAUGGUGGGUUAAUUGCAGUGAAAUUCGCUUAGAUCAUCAGCAAAUUAUCUCUCAGCGGAGGCCUCUUUUGUCCUCUUGAUUUUAAAGAAAAGUCAAAGUUAUCCACCCUUUAGAGGACUAGAUGGCUAAGCCUGAACUGAAGCACUGCUCCCAGAUCAGUGGUCAGCUGCUCAGUGGUCACACAAAGAAAAAGGAUCAGCUUUUGGAUGUCUGGCCUUAAUUUUGAUCUUAUUCUUUUUUUGUUUUUACUUCGGAAAAGCAAAUAGAAUGUAUUUUCCUUUGAGUCUACCCCACUAAUUGUGGGAGAAAAAAAAGGUUCUGUCCUCAUUUUAAAAAGGGAGACAUGGAGUACACUUUUAAGUUAUAUGAGAGCAUAUGUCUGUGUACAUAUUGCACUACAUGAAUACACUUGUAUUUGAAUGCUUUCAAUAGUGACUGACAGGAAUAGACAUGACAUGCUAAGUCUUUUAAGAGGGUGGUCUGGUGUUACUGUGAGGGAAUAAAACCCUGUAAUCUCUGGUUUGGCCCCCGAUGACUCCAGGCGUGACAGAGAACGAAGACAAGAGUAUUGUGUUGAAGGCAUCACGCUGUUUAGAACAGUAAGAACAUUUUUGAUAGACCCUUAUUCCCUGGUACAAGAACUCAUGGUGCACAUUUCUGAAAGCCUCUGAUGUUACAGAUACAACAUUAGGCAAUCUUGACCUGUUCUGCAAAUGAAGGAUGUUUUACUUUUAUGUGUGUUUAACCUUCCUUGUGGGCCCCUGGUGGAAUUUUGAUGACCUUUGACACUUACGGCAAUUGGUUAUAUGGAAAUCUGUCGGUUAUAUGGAAAUCUGUCUCUUUUUACCAGUCAGGUUGGGCUGGAGAUGUACACUAAUUCUGUAUAUUGGCGCUCUUUGUUUCUGGGCUAUGAAUGAGUGAGGCUGUUGUUGGACAGUGAAGCAACAUUGUAUAGUAGUGGUUUGUUUGUUUUUUUUUCUUUUCGUUUUUUUCUGGUUUUGCAAUGAUAAAAAAGUGCGGGGAGCAGCAAAGUUUA